AGGAUUCUUUUUAUAUGCCUAGUAUGGAAUGGUUUAAAACACCAUCAGAUAUGAUAUCUAGAACAAAAGAUGAUAAUUUUAAUAGUUUUAAAAAGUUUUGGGAUGACAUAGAUACAGUCAUAUUAGAUAAUCCAAAGGCUUAUUUGCUUACAGAAGAAUUAAUUAAAAUACUUAUAAAGCAGAUGAAAGAUAUCUCUGUUAUAUUAGAGGACUCUUCUGUAUACAAAGAUUUACCAAAUGAUCCAUUUUUUGAUUUUUUCCUUACACAUGAUUCUUUGCACAAAUUUUUUGUAUGGUCUUUAAAUUCUGGACAACAUUUUGAAACAUUAAAAAUUUGCCAAUUGAAGAUAUAUCAGAUUCUUUUAUCAACAUAUCGCCAGAAAAUACUUAUCCACAAACCUGUCCUUCGACCCCUUCUCAAGCUCAUUAAAUGUUGCCACAAAUUUUUUGGAGGCUUUUCUUGCCGCGAUGUGGAACGCAGGUUGGUCUUUGUGCUGAAUGAAAUUUCCGGCAUAUUCCAUCGGGAAAAAGGGCUGUUCGAUUUUUACCUCACCAUUACGUCAGAAUCUUAUAAAUAUCUCUUCGUGACUACACUCGUCUCUUUCGUGCCCAGAGAGGAUGAGAUAGGCCAACUAGCCAAAAAUUCGCUCCUUUUUUACACUUGUCUUUCGACCGUCCACGAUGACCUCGCCCGCUUUAUCGAAGAAAAAUCUAAUUUUAGCGCGGUAUCCGCCGCCACCCUAGCUUGUUUAUAUUCCAACCUGCCCCGCUGUCUGGAUUGGCCCCCCGACCAUCCCCACAAAAUAAACAAGGAAGCCAUACUAGAGAUUCCCGGGUUACUUGACACCAUAAAUUACUUGGAAUUUCUCGACGUUUCUAUACAAAAAAUUCAUCCUAGAAUACGUGAACAACUUAUAACCAUGAUAUAUCAAGGUUUUCUCAAGCCGGUCUUAGGUCAAUGUCUUUUACAAGAAAUAAGGAUGGGCCUAGACGAAGUCAUCACAGCCACGGCUUACCUCGAAAUAUUUUUGAGGCACAUUCGUCAGCCUUCCAUGGUCCGGAUCUUUAUAGACUUUCUCAUGAAAACCGCUGAUGAGGAGGAUAAAAAUCCAGCUGACAUGAAUUUAACGAUGGGUGGUGAUUUCUGCCUACUCGACACCGUUUUGUCUCGUUUGGACACCCCGUUGGGAGGCGAACAGCUGACCUUGGUGAACCUGUCCUUGCUUCACACUCUGCUAGAUCUAAAUUGCGAAGAUUUGAUGGUUCACCUUUGCUUCAAGUACCUCGCAUCUUGUGAUCACGUAAGUGACACGUCGCGAUUGGACGUGUUCGAUAUAUACGGCGACGCGUCGGGCAAAUUUUUGUCUCUUCUACCGGAUUUUUUGAAACAUCCCGACCAUCGGGCCCCAUUGAAUAAGGGAUCGUCCGAUCACGCUGAAAGCCUAAACCCAGACUCCCCGUCACAUAACGGUGUCAGGGAUUCCCCUGUGAUAUCAUUGCCUUCUACUUCCCUUCCCGCUUACGCUCUCGAUGCCCGCCGCUCCGUCUUCACUUGCCGCAAGGCAUGUCAAUCUGUCGACGAAAUCAAAGGACCUGGCCCUUUAGACUCGCCGCCCACUCAAUCAUCCCGUGGUCGAGGCCGCUCUCGAAAAAAUCGGACCCGCUGGCUUCGUUCCUAUACGUCACGCGACUCGCAUCCCGACCCGACUGGUCCAGCCCCGAUGAGCUCUGGAAUUUUUGCCAAUCAGCGUCGAGCUGACGACUCUACCAAUGACAUAAUAUCGAUUCGGGAUUAUUCGACACUCUCAUCUUCUUCGACCCUCUCCUCUUCCGCUUCAGACAAUAAUGAGUCCUGUCUUAUCAACAAUAAUAAAAAGAACAGUAAUAAUUUGGCCGAACCACUGAUAGACGGCUCCAGCCCAAAGAAAAGGCCUUCAAAUUCGAAUCAUGUUAAAGAUAUGGCAAAGGAGGACAAUAUUUUCUCGAUCCACCCAGAUUCUCAAAUAAUAACUUCAUCUGCUCUGCACUGCAACUCCUCUCCCCAUUUUACAUCAAACCAAUCGCCCAUCGACAACCAACAGUUUAACGCCGUCGACUUUUGCGCCCACCUGGAUCAAAUCUAUCCGGAUCUAACAGUCCAUUCAAUCGUGAGCGCUUUCACCGGAUCCGGGUAUCCACCCGGAAUUUCGCUCGACAUUGAUGAAGCCUACCAACGUAUUUAUGUUAAAAACCGAGAGUCUAAAAUUCAUAAACGGGAGACCAGUCUUCUUGGUCCAGAGAUCAAUGCUCCUGUCAAAGAAAUCGCGUUCAAUAACGAGAACACUUUUCGAGUUCUUAUGCGCGUCACCGAGAAAGAGAAGAAUAUUACAGACAAUAGCGAGCUAAUUUCAAAUACCCCCAACAUAGGCCCUUUCUUAUCAACCCUUUUCUCCCUGCUGGAGAGAAUGCUUCAAAAUUCACUCUUCCUGAAUCUGCACCUAACCGGUCUUUUAGCUCGUCUUAGUUGCUAUCCUCAACCUGUCCUCCAGUGCUUGCUGCUCAAUUGUACGGUACCAGUCCGACCGCAAAUUAAAACGUUAUAUCGAUGUCUUGAUCAUGUAGCUUCCCGCUUAGCCUUCUUCUCUACUAGUCCAGAAUUCGCCCGAUCCGCUCAGCACCUCCGUCCCACGUCUUCUAUAUUAGUUUCCCCUAUCGCUCCCUGGAUAACCUUACAAGAAUUAGCUGGUAAGGCACGCGGUUACCUAGCCACACGGGAGCUUAUUUACGCGCGAAAAUUGGCCCUUGACCGAUUUGGUCCCACCGUUACGUUGCAGAAGCGCGAUAUCUCAACUACCUAUGACCAUAAUAUUCGAGCUGAUAUAAAAGGCGAUGACGUCACAACUAAGGUAGCUUCCGAAGAUGACGAUAUAAAACGGCGAACCAUAUUCGUAGCCCCUGAAUAUUCUCAUCUUCUUGAACCUCUGACACUGAUCGAUCCUAACGAAGAGCAAAGCCUCUCAGACUCCUGUCUAUCUCCUAUACUCAAACCUAAUAAUCAGCCCGACUCUAAGCUGCAAAGUUUGUCUAAUUGGAGGGGUUAUAGAUUCAUUAACAAACGCAUAAACCAGCAUUCCAUAAAAGAUGACUUUCCCAUUCUACCUCAUCAACACUCCGCUCAAUCUCCCCAACCCCUUAGUGAUGACGAACGCGAAUCCGCAACUGCUGCCAUGUUUCUGGGAUUUCCCGCUAAGAACGCUGCCCACUGCUGCGUCGUCCUGGAAGAAUUUCUCAAAGAGCUUGCAUCCUUAGCCCGCGAGAUGGCUCUUUCUUAUUAAUGCACAAUAUCGCCAUAGCUACCAAUCGAUAAAGAAAGAAUGAUCAAUCAAGGCAGACUCUUUUAUAUAAAAAAAUUAUUGUUCUGUAUUGUAUGGUACAAUUCGAACAGCUAUAUCAGCUUUUUAAAUAUACAUCCUUAUUAACACUACAAUUUUUGUUCCAACAAAUGGAUUUUAUACCCUCUAAAGGCGAGUAUAAUUUUGCA